CUAAAUACAAACGUUUAUUUAGGGUGACCCAAAACGAGUAACUUGUGUCUUGUUUUAUUUGGAAGGAAUAUAGGAUUUGUCUCCCUAUUCAUAUUAAGAAGAAAAUCCCAUAAGUUUUUUUUUAAUUUUACCUUUUCCCUGGAUAUUCUGCCACUCUCACUGUCAAGGAGUCCCCGCAUUUAUCCAUUUGGGAACCAUGUAUAAUUUUGCUAGUUUAGAAAAAUAUCAUUAUAAUUCAUCUAAUAGAAGAUGUCAUUAUAAUUCUCAUGCCAUGCUCUGGUCCCGGGUUUCUUCCUGUGGUCUUCUAGCGCUAGAAGUCGUGUCCGUCCCGACAUCUGCAACGUCCUCUCACACCUUUCUUGAGGGGACAAACAAAGAUCAGGACAAUUCCCAGGGUGUGACAGGCGGUGUGUACAGGGCCUGGGUACAUAUUCACCGUGGCAUGCUGAUCCGCGAUUACUAGCGAUUUCAACUUCAUGUUCCCAAGUUGCAGAGAACAAUCCGAACUGAGGUAAUCUUUUCGGAUUCGCUCUGACUUACAGCCCUGCUUCCUAUGAUCAUUGCCAUUGUAGCACGUGUGUGGCCCAGCCCAUAUCUCGGAGACAAUUGGACCCACGUACAAACCCGUGUAUUUCCACAGGGUAUUUUGUAUUGGAAAAAGUAUACUUUGACUCCCUCAACUAUGGACCGAGUAUGAAACAUGCCCUCCAACCACAAAACCGGGUAUAUCACAUCCCUCAAUUGCUUAAACCGGUGCAAAUCAAUUACCAGGCAGUAUUGUGGGUGGUUUCGUCCGACGUGGCGGAUUGACCUCGGUCAAAAAGCCGAGUCAGCACGAGUUUCAGUUAAGGACGCGUGAACUCCUCCUGCUCUCUUUGUCGCACGUACAGAUCAAGUAAAACCCUAGAAGUGCUGGGGCGACGAGAAAGGUGAGAAGAAGGCGACACUGGGGGUGGCAAGGGAGGGCGUCGCAGCGGUCGGUUUGGUCAGCCAAAGCUGGAUCUGUGUAGGAAACCCUAGUGGUGCAGCCAUGAACGUACUUGACACUCUUGCAGUGCGGUUUCAUUUCAAGGGAACUUUUGUUGUGCAAGGCAAAGAGAAGAGUUAUUGUGGUGGGAGGGAGGCAAUGUCUUACAUAGACCGAGAUAAGGUGUCCCUUCGUGAGUUAGUAGGACAUCUACGAGACCACUACGAAGUAAUGGAUGGCACGCUUCUUCACUGGUUGGUGCCUGGGGAGAGCUAGAUGAUGGGCUUCGGGCAUUAGUAGACGACAAGGUGUGCAAUUUCAUGUCGGACUGCAUUUGUGUGGGAGGUGUGGCUGAGAUAUAUGCAGAGGAGCCAAUUGUGGUUGAUGUUUCAGAUUGUGAACCAGAUUUGCAAGGUAUACAUGAGCAGAAAGAACAUGGUGCUAUCCAAGGAUUGGAAGACAAUGUUGAGUCUGAGAAGAGGCUGGUUGUUUACAAACAACAAGAAGAGAUGCUUAAUUUUGAGGCAGAAGAUGAUAGUGAUACAGACAGUAAUUACAUUCCUGGGGAUGAGUCUGAAUCAGAUGAAGGGAAAGAGGCUGAGAACAUCAAAAAGCGGUACAAACAGCUGAUGAAGAAGAUAAAGGCAGGCGAAGCAAACAUUCUGGAUGAUGUUGUUUUUGAGGGGUAUAAAACCAAUCCAGUCAUGUAGGAUGGUGCUGAAGAAGGUGGUAACGAAGAAGGUGACUCUGAUGAGUCCAUAGAGGAGAUAGGCAGUGAUGGUGAGGUUACUAUUAGAGCAAGCAAUUAUGCAAGGUUCAAGGAGGAUUCAACUGUUCCACAUUUUGAACUUGGGAUGAAGUUUAACUCCAAAGCUCAGUUCAGGACAGCCAUUACAAGAUAUGCCUUGAGUGAAAUAAAGGUGAUCAACUUCAUCAAAAGUGAUCCAAAAAGAGUGAGAGCAAAAUGUGACUGGCCCAACUGCCCUUGGGUAUGUUUGUUGUCAAAGACUUCAAGGUCUGACAGUUGGCAGAUAGCUACUCUGGACAAUUGUCAUGCAUGGCCCCCCAGAAGAGAUAAUAAGCUUGUGACCUCAAGGAGGAUAGUUGAGAAGUAUGGCAAGUUUAUAUUUGCCAACCCUUCAUGGAACUUGGCACACAUGAAGGCUACGGUGCAAGAGAUGUCUGAAAAGAGCAAAGCAAUUAGUGAUGAAGGCAGCAUUAGAUGCAACUAAAGGGCAGUACCAAAAGUUGUAUAGUUAUUAGCUAGAGCUUCUUAGAAGUAAUCCAGGCAACACAGUGGUUUUGAACAGAGUGGUGGGAAUGGAUCCACCUGUAUUCAAGAGAAUAUACAUAUGCUUAGGUGCACUGAAGAAAGGAUUCCUAGCAGGUUGCAGGAAAGUUAUAGGGCUUGAUGGUUGUUUCUUCAAGGGUGCAACUAAUGGAGAGUUGAUUUGUGCUCUAGGAAGGGAUGCAAAUAAUCAAAUGUAUCCAAUUGCUUGGGCAGUAGUUCACAAAGAAAACAAUGAGGAAUGGGACUGGUUCAUGGAUAUAUUGAGUACUGAUUUGCAUGUUGGUGAUGGAGAAGGGUGGGUCUUCAUUUCAGACCAACAAAAGGGGAUUCUCAAUGCUGUUCAAAAAUGGGCUCCAAUGGCUGAAUAUAGAAAUUGUGCUAGACACAUCUAUGCCAACUAGAAGAAGCACUUCCAUGACAAAGAAUACCAAAAGAAGUUUUGGAGGUGUGCCAAAGCUCCUUGCACCAUGCUGUUCAAUUUGGCAAGGGCACAGCUGGUGCUGGUCACUCAUGCAGGAGCACAAGCCAUCUUGAACACACAUCCCCAACAUUGGAGUAGAGCCUGGUUUAAGGUAGGUUCAAACUGUGAUUCUGUAGAUAAUAAUUUGUGUGAAUCAUUUAACAAGUGGAUCCUAGAGGCAAGAUUCUUCCCAAUUAUAACCAUGCUUGAGACAAUUAGAAGAAAAGUAAUGGUUAGGAUCAAGGACCAAAUAACAAACUCCAAUAGAUGGAACACAGUUAUUUGCCCUGGUAUAUUAAAGAAGUUGAAUGUUUACAUUGCUGAGUCUGCAUUUUGUCAUGCAAUAUCAAAUGGGGCUGAGACAUAUGAGGUGAAACAUCAUGAGCAUAGAUUUACAGUGCAACUAGACAAAAAGGAAUGCUCAUGCAGGUAUUGGCAGCUAUCUGGAUUGCCUUGCCCUCAUGCUAUUGCUUGCAUAUUCUAUAAGACUAGUCAACUUGAUGGUUACAUUGCUGACUGCUACUCAGUGGAAACAUUUAAGAAGAUUUAUGCACAUUGCCUACAGCCACUAGAAGGGAUGAGCUCUUGGCCAGAGGAUGGUAGACAGCCACUAAAUGCUCCUGGGUACAUCAAGAUGCCAGGAAGGCCAAAGACAGAGAGGAGAAGAGAGGCUCAUGAACCUGCCAAAGCAACCAGGGCAAGCAAGAUUGGAACAAUCAUCAGAUGUAGGAAAUGCAAGCAAGUAGGCCACAACAGAUCUACUUGUGAUAAGCAUAAUGGUGUAGGUAGUACCAUUUCAAUGCUUCAGCAAGUUCCAAACCCAGACCAACAUAUAGUGCUAUCAAACACACCACAGAGCUCAACUCAAAGCAGGAAGAGGAAGUCAGCUGCAUCUGCCACCAUCAGUGCUGCAAGCAUGCCAAAGACAAAAAUUCCUAGCAACCAAAAGGCAUUCCAAGUUGUUAGGGUCAAUGCAACAGCAAGAGUUGCAACACAUCAAGGUGGUUCCGCUACUGUCAAUUUGCAAGCCAUUGUACUAGGAUCUCAGGGAUCGACAAGUGCAUCAGUACAGAUCAAGUCUGGGAAAGCUUCUGUUUCUGUAUCAGCUCAAGAACCAGGAAAUGGCAAGGGAAAGAAACCUACUCCUGGUCCACUGCUACUUAUACCUCCAUGGGAAUCUGCCAAACUAUGAUGCCAUUUGUUGAAGGCUGUGAUGUCAUCUGUUGCAAACUGUGUUGCCAUUUGCUAUGUUAUGUUAUGUGUAAUAUUCUAAGGCAUUAUAUUGCCAGACUUGAAGUUCCUAGGAUGUUUUGCAAGACUUAAUGCUAGACUUCUGUGUGAGUUGCCAGACUUCAUGUUAGGUUCUGAGGCAUUAUAUUGCCAGACUUGAAGUAUGUGUGCUGCUAUAUGUCAUGUAAUGUAAGACUUAUGUCCAGACUAUGGCUGAUUUAGUGAUGUAAUUGCCAGACUUAAAGGCAAGAUAUUAAGUGUUACAUUCCGGACUUAUUGCAUAUUAUUAUGUGAUGAAUUGCCCAACUU